CAUCCAACGCACAAAAACAAAUAACUUAUCGAAAAAGAAGCUCAUAUCAAUCGUAUCAUUCAUUGAUUUCAGAGAAGCCGCGAAAGAGACCACAAUCUCCAAAUCUGAGUCGUCUCAAUCCUCCGUCCGAUCCAGGAUUAUUGUUUUACUACUACCCUUCACACGAAUGACGACUUCUGUGUGUCCAUUCUCGAAAGCUGCUCGUCCUGACGAUGCUUCUUCCACUCGAAAACAAGGCGAUAUGACUGCUUCUGGUUGCCCUUUUUCUUCUAAAGCUGCUCGUCCCGAUGAUGCUUCUGCUCGGAAACAAGGCGAAACAGCUGCUUCUGGUUGCCCUUUUUCUAAAAGUGCUCGUCCUGACGAUGGCAGUAAAGGAUGUCCUGAAGAGGAAGGAAAAUUGAAUAAGGACUCUACUGACUCUGCAACUGUGCCUGCCAAGUGCCCUUUUGGUUAUGACUCCCAAACAUUCAAGCUUGGCCCUUUUAGCUGUAUGCUUUGUCAAGCACUUCUGUAUGAUAGCAGUAGAUGUGUGCCUUGUACUCAUGUGUUUUGCAAAGUAUGCUUAACACGGUUUAAGGACUGCCCUCUGUGUGGUGCUGACAUUGAAAGUAUUCAAGCUGAUGAAAACCUUCAAAAGAUGGUUGAUCAAUUUAUUGAAGGCCAUGCUAGAAUCAAGAGAACUGUUUUCAAUGGCACAGAGAAGGAAGAGGUCGAAAAUGAUAACAAAAAAGUGAUAUACGCUGAUGUUUCCAUGGAAAGAGGUUCUUUCUUGGUGCAACAAGCUAUGAGGGCAUUUAGUGCCCAGAAUUAUGAAAGUGCUAAAUCAAGGUUGGCAAUGUGUACCGAAGACAUUCGGGAUCAACUUGGGAGGGAGGGCAAUACACCAGAGUUGUGCUCACAGCUUGGUGCAGUCCUUGGUAUGCUUGGCGACUGCAGCCGAGCAAUGGGAGACUCAAGCUCUGCAGUCAAUCAUUUCGAAGAGAGUAUUGAAUUCCUUAUGAAACUGCCAAUGAAUGAUUUGGAGAUUACACAUACACUCUCUGUCUCACUCAAUAAAAUAGGAGAUCUUAAAUACUAUGACCAAGACCUACAAGCUGCAAGGUCAUAUUACUAUCGUGCUUUAAAUGUUAGACGUGAUGCAAUGAAGCAUCACCCACAUGCUCCUUCACAAAUUCUGGAUGUGGCAGUUUCAUUAGCCAAAGUUGCGGAUAUAGACAGGAGUCUACAAAAUGAAGAUGCAGCUACAGAUGGUUUCAAGGAAGGCAUGAAACUGCUGGAAACUCUAAAAUUGGACUCUGAAGAUUCUGCUCUUGAGCAACGACGCCUCUCUGUGCUAGAGUUCCUUAAGAAGCAAGUAGAGAAGCCUGAAGAGUCCGUAGAAACUGCACUCUAAAGCGAGGCAUGGUUAUAUAAGUAAAUAUAUAUAUAGACUGUAUACCUACGCUCCUCUAUGGCAUUUUGCUGAAUAAAAUGAACAAGAAAGCCCAAAAGAAAAAAUUGUUGUGUUUGCCCAUAGAGGUCAACUAAACAGAGUGCUUUGUAUGUGGUGAUGGUUUCUGUUCUGUUAAUGUUAAGAAUGCGUAUUCUACGAACUAA